GUCCCACACACUACUAGCUAGUACCAGUGCCUAGGUGUUUCACGGAACACAGCACGUACGGCGGCGUAUAGAUAGAUCAAAGAUGGAGGUUGAUCACCAGAUCAGAGUGAGCAACGACGGCGCCGAUGGAGACCGUCUCUGGCAGCGGCUCCGCUCGUUGGUCCUCGGGCUCGGGUGCCGUGUCGCCGGGUUCGCGAGGAAAGUGGGGAGGAUCGCUCGGGAGGACCCGAGGCGAGUGGCACACUCCUUCAAGGUGGGGCUGGCGCUCACGCUGGUGUCCGUGCUCUACUACGUCACGCCGCUCUUCAAGGGCUUCGGGGUCUCCACGCUCUGGGCCGUGCUCACCGUCGUCGUCGUCAUGGAGUACACCGUCGGCGGCACGCUCAGCAAAGGCUUGAACAGGGCCUUCGCCACGCUCGUGGCUGGGUUCAUCGCCGUCGGAGCUCAUCAGGUGGCUAACCGCUGUGGCACGCAGGGGGAACCCAUAAUACUCGCCGCCUUCGUCUUCUUGCUAGCGUCCGCGGCGACGUUCUCACGCUUCAUCCCGGAGAUCAAGGCCAAGUACGACUACGGGGUGACCAUAUUCAUACUCACCUUUAGCCUGGUGGCCGUGUCGAGCUACCGCGUGGAGGAGCUCAUCCAGCUCGCACACCAGCGGUUCUCCACCAUCGUCGUGGGGGUCUUCACAUGCCUCUGCACCACUAUCUUCGUCUUCCCCGUCUGGGCAGGCGAGGACCUCCACAAGCUCUCCGCCGGUAACCUCGACAAGCUGGCCCAGUUCCUUGAAGGGAUGGAAUCUGAAUGCUUUGGAGAAAACUCUACAAUUGAGAAUUUGGAGAGUAAAACCUUUCUCCAAGUGUACAAGAGCGUCCUCAAUUCCAAGGCCACUGAGGACUCUCUGUGCAAUUUUGCCAAGUGGGAGCCAGGUCAUGGUAAAUUCGGCUUCCGACACCCAUGGAGCCAAUACCAGAAGAUCGGAGCUCUUUGUCGCCAGUGUGCGUCUUCCAUGGAGGCUCUUGCUUCCUAUGUCAUCACACUCCAAAAAUCUCAGUACCCUGAAGCAAAUCCAGAGCUAUCCUUGAAGGUUCGAACAGCAUGCAGUGAAAUGAGCUCGGACUCUGCCAAGGCGCUCAGGGAGCUCUCGACAGCAAUUCGAACGAUGACUGUACCAUCCCCAGCCAACAUCACCAUGUCUGCAGCCAUCACAGUUGCGAAAGGCCUCAGAAGUGAAUUAUCACAGGAUAUGGCUCUGCUGCAAGUGAUGCAUGUAGCUGUUACUGCAACACUUCUCUCGGACUUGGUUACAACAAUAAAGAAAAUUGCAGAAUCUGUUGAUAAUCUAGCGCGACUUGCCCACUUCAAAACCCCUGAAAAAAUCCAAAAAGAUGUUGUUAUCAACAUUGCGAGUUGACAAAAGACGCAAACUUCUGCCAAGCAUGGUUAGUCUACAGGGGAUAACCGUCGGGAGCAUCAAGUGGCAAAAAUUAGUAUGGUGUACAAUACUACGUUAUGUAUACAGCAAGUGAUUAAUUCUUCAACGCUAUUGAAGUGAUUAUGAUGCUGAGUUUUGAUAACAAUAUUAUCGUCUUCAAACAGACGUGAAUUAUCAACAUAUAUAUGUAAAAUGAACAGUUUCCUAAAUCUUCUUUUGUUCAAUUUUAA